CCCCUGGCGCCUUGCGAGGCCGCUCUGCCUCGGUCGCAGGGCGGCUAGUUUAAGUUGCCAUAGCGGCGGCGGGGUGGUGGUUAGGGUAGGAACCUUUUGGCAGAGUGCCGGACAGUUGGAGCUGGAGGCGUCCGGGAGUCAUGCUUCGAUACUGAGGGCUGUCUGGCUGGUGAAGAGGCGCGGGUGGAGGCCCGGAGCGAAGAACUGGGGAAAUACCAAUGGCAGAUUCGUCCAGUGAUUCUGGCCACUUCCGUCAGAGAGGUGGAAGACGGGGUCCUCUAAGAGCAAACAGAACUCAAAAUCAUAUUGCUGAAGAUGUUACAGAGAAGAUCCAUACUUUAGCAAGCACUUUGCAGGAUACUAAUCGGAACCUGAAACAUGUGGAUCAGAUGCUUGGCCAGUAUCGAGAGUACAACAAUGAACAGGCAGAAGCAAUUACGAAUCUUAAAGAAACUCUGGAACAGUCCAUAGGUCAGUUAAGGAGCCAACGAUUAUCGAGAAAUUCUGGAGUAAGAAGUGCAUCACUUUCAAGCUUAUACGCAAGCGACCUGGAUGGUGAAACCCCAGAAGGCCGUCAUUUCCAGCCAACCUCUCCCCUCAGGGAUUAUGGUGAAACAGUAGGUACUACACGGCGGCGAUCCAGAUCUGCUGUUCGAUUUAUCGACCAGGGAGAUAAUCUGGCCCAGGUGCACUCUUUACAUCAGUCACUCAGGGAUCUCAGCAGUGAACAAGUUCGUCUGCAAGAUGAUCUUAACAGAGAGCUCUCAAGAAGAAACAGAACUGACGCAGAAACGAAAAGGAGGUUGGAAGACUUAUCUGACAGGCUCAAUGAGUCCCAAAGACAGGAAACUGUGUCAGAACGGGUACAGCGGAGACUUGAGGAGAUAGAACGAGAAAUCCACUCUGAAAGGCAGCUGGUCAAAAGCCGGCAAGAUCAACUGGGACACAUGUCUGUUCAUCUGCAGGAGGCUCUAAAACAACAAGAUGCCAAAACUAACGAAGCAGAAAUGAUUCUGAAAAGUAAAAUCCUCAAAAUGGAAGGUGAAAAAAGUAAACUUGAACAGGAUUUGGAGCACUCCCGGAGGAAACUGAAUCAGUCAGAAAACAGUCGAGACGCUCUUCUCCACCAGAUUGAGGAUCUCCGUUCCCAACUCCUUAGAGCAGAAGAGGAGCGUCUGAAUUUACAGCAUCAAAUUACUCAGGUUGCCAUACACCAGCGUCGUCUAGAUGAACAGGGAGAUGACAGGAGAAAUCAAAUAGUGACUCAGUGGUCUGACCAAGAGAAGAAGGAGCUGGAGAAACAGAUCUGGGAAUUGAGAGAAAAGCUAAGUCACAGUGCUGUAAUGUCAGAGAUAGAGGAAUUAAAACGAUGCAUAGAGCGCAAGGACAAAGAGAAAGCACAGCUUGGAAUGCAAAUAGAGGUGUUAACAUCUGACUUAGACAAGAGGGAGACUCAGCAGCAAAGAAUGCUGAAUCAGCUGAAAGAGAUACAGAACAACUACAAGGCCUGUGAGGAUGAGUGCAAAGCUGCAGAACUCCAGGUGACUGAAUUGGCUCAGCAACUAGAAGAGUCAACUAAGGAAGCAGAGAAGUACCUCUCUGAAUUCAGACAAUCUGAAGCACUCAGGCUAGAGAAUGAGAAGAAGAAAGAGGAAUUAAAACUGAAAGCUCAGGAAUCUAUUAGGCACUGGAAGCUAAGAUGUAAGAAACUGGAGCAUGAAAUAAGAAAACAGACUGAACUUCACAACCAGUUGAUGGAAAAGAACACUGUGGUUCUUAAAGAGAAGGAUGACUUGAAGAGUCAGCUGCUUUCAGCUAUGCACCAGAUGGAAAACCUUCAGAAGGAACUGACUGAUGUUCUUGAGAAGAGGGCCAAACAAGAAGAGGAGCUGCAUUGUAAAGAAGUGAAGCUCAAUGAAACUAUAUCACUACAUAUGGCACUUGAACAGGAGAUCAGGGAUGUCAGAGAAACUGCAAAUAAGCUGGAGAAUGAGCUGCAAAAGCAAAGUCUGACACAUACUCAGAUAAGAACUGAUAAACAGCAUUUAGAGGAAGAGCUUGCAACUAUUAACAUGAUACAUGAAAAAGACCAGGCAAGACUUCUAGAUAUGCAAGCUGCCAUAAAAAACUUGAGUGUUAUUACGGCUGAAUUGACCAACCAACUGGCAGAGGAGGAAAAAUCCAAGAAGGAGCUACAGAAGACCUUGGCCGAGCUUCAGAAACAACAGGAAUCUAGUCAGGAAGAGAUGGCUACAGUCAGUAAGCAACUGAAGUUGGAGAGAGAUGUCCACAAACAAGAGCUGACCGAACUUCAAUCAGAGUUGCAACGAGUGAAAAGUAAACAUGACCAACGUGUUCAGGAAAUGAUGAACCUAUUCAGCCAAGAAAAGGAAGAGGCAGAUAGUCACGUUGGAAUGUUGAAGGCAGAACUUAUAGAAGAAAAAAAUUUGGUAAAAGCUCAUCGUCGACAGGUAGAAAAGAUGAAAAUUGAAUGUGAUAAGCUUUCAGAGGAGUUAACCCACAAAGACGAGGAAAAUGCAAAAUUUAGGCGAAAAUGCCAGCUGAUGAAACAGGAAUUGGAUGAAAAGCAUAAACGAAUAAAUAGUGAAGAUGAUCACUUAAAGAGGAUAGAGGAAGACAGAUUACAACUGCACAAUCAACUGCGAUUUCUUCAGAAUGAAAAGGAAUCCAUCCUCUCUAUGAUAGGAAGUGAAAUUGAUGCAGCAUGCGAAGUCCUUUCUAGGGACUCAGUGGAGAAAUUUACAGCAGUAUCACUUACACCUGGAGUACAGAAAGACCCUCAUCGCUGGUUAGCAGAAACAAAGACUAAACUCAGAUGGCUAUGUGAAGAAGUAAAGGAGAGAGAGGUUAAGGAAAAGAAACUCCGACAUCACUUGCAACAGAGUCGAGAGCGGCUGAAGCAGCUGACUUUGAGCAAGGAGACUGAGCACCAGCAUCUCAUUGGUCAAAUAGAAAAGCAGGAACAGCUCCUGGAUCAAGUUUACCAGGAGAAGAAAGAGCUACUGGAGAAGAAUCUCAAGAAGGAGGAAGAAAUAGAUGCUUUGCAGGAGAGAAUAUCAGCUCUGGAAACAAGUACUCAAGUGGCCUUGCACCAUCUGGAAUCUGUUCCUGAGAAACUGAACCUUUUAGAAGAUUUCAGAGAUUUUGGAGAUUCUCACAGGCAAACAGAAAUCACUGAAGAGAGAUACAGUAAAUACAAGGAAAUCAUGGGCUCUUUACAGCAACAUCUGAAUGAUUCAAAGCGAAGACUUGAAGACUUCAGGGGACGGAUUCCUCGCUGUACAGGCAGCGAAAAUGGCCGCGGUAUGGAGGAUCUUCGCUGGACGGAUAAGAAAACUAGAGCUGAUAUUUCUGCUAUACAGAGUACGUCUUCCAACUGGCGAACCAACACUGGCUUUAUGUCCAGCUCCAUGCUUUCCAAUUCAGGAUGUCAAAAUGCGGUUACUGAGUUGUGUUCCCCUCACCUUUCAUUCAAAGAGCAGAUUUCCAAAACCCAACCACAGCUGAAGUGGGAUUCCAGCUUUUCAGGGCAUUUACCAAAAGUACUUUUCCGUUGGAUUUAAAUUCAAGUAAGGUGGUCAAUGGAAUGAAACCGCAAACAGAAAAAGAGAAAUACUAAAGCAACAAAGAGCAUGCAGUUUCACUGUGGGAAAUUCAGCUCUGCACCAUUUUCUUCAUCUCUGGCUGCAGUCAAGAACAGCUGUAUUUACAAAAGCUGUGCCGAUUCUGUGGUUCAACAUAUGCCAAAUAGUGACUGAAAACAACAUCUCCACUGUGUAGUGAAAGUGAAGCAAGGUAAACCUGAAGAUGCACCAUAUACUGUAAAAUGCCAAAGCAUCUUGUGGUAUGAAGCUCUGUAACCUUUUGCUUUUCCUUCUAUCAAUCAAGCCUCAAUCAACUUCUCAUACCACUUGUGAAUUUCUUUUAUUGAGUUUUUAAAAUAUACAUAUCCAGAUAUAUACGUACAUAAGCUACUUCAUAUAUUUUAAUUUCAAAGAUACGAUAAAAUUUCAGACAACGUAUAAGCACAUUUUAUAUUAAUCAGGAACUAAGUACUGUAACAGAAAUUGUUUUGUGUGUAAAUAAGAUAUUUUAUGACAAAGUAUGGAAAGGUACUGUAUAUGCAUAAUUAGCAUUUUACAACAAAAGGUGCUUCAGAUGUAUUAUGCAGUGAUUUUAUCAGAAAUAAUUUAAAUCUGAAACAAUUAGUUGAUUUUGCUUCAGUUUGGGGAAAGUUGAGAUUGCAUCCCGUAAUUCAUCCUGUUCCCUGAACCACACUCAGUGAAAAAUACCUAAUCCAAAUUUCUCCCAAACUGGAAAAAAAAUCAGUAAUUUAUUAUAAGCCACUUUUUAUGAUUAAGCAUUAGAAUCUCUUUAAAAACUAAAAAUAUCUUAAUAAUGUAAUGAAAUAUUUUUAUUCCUCAUUGGAUCUUCAUAUUUGAGAACCAGAGUCGCAAUAUCUAUUUUUAUACUAGGAAACCUCCUUAGGAACAUCUGUAAUUUAAUAAGCAGAUAGGAAUCAUUUGGCAAGGAAGGGUGAGUGUAUAUGAGUAUCCAGGCUUUUAAAGAGCAAUUUCUAAUCAUAAUGGUAUUUCUACUCUGUCUUUAUUAAGUUUACUGAAAUGUCACUUUAAUUUUGAAGUGUUAACAGCUGUUCGCAGUGUUUUAGUUGAAUACUGUCGUCUCCAUUGAUGAAUUCAGCUAAUUUUUUUUUCUUGAUGUUUCUAAUAAAACCCC